AACGGCGAGUUCGCCCUCUACGUGAGCAACAUCGCGUGGGAAGCGGGCUGGCAGGACCUGAAGGAUCACUUCAAGCAGUUCGGCCGGGUGGUCUUCGUGGACAUCGCGCGCGACGCGCAGACGGGCAAGUCCAUGGGUCGCGGUAUCGUCAGGUUCGACGACGCGGACAGCGCGGCGCGCGCCGUGCAGUUUGGCAACGGAAGCAUCUUCAUGGGACGCGACUUGA